AUCAUCAUCAUCAUUCGAUUCGAAUAAAAUUGGACGAUAUUGGGCGACAUAUAAUUUUCUGCAUAUACACACCAUUGUGUGUGUGUGUGUGUCUCUGAUACAUAGUCAUCAUUGUGUAUGAUUACGAACGAGUUUGCUCAACUCAAUUGAACACGACAUUUAAUAAUGCAAACAAACAAACAAACAAAAAAAACUCUCACCGAAGCCAUAACAAACACAUGAAUAUUAGCGUAUAUACCAGUAAUUUGUUUUUUUUUUUUAAUUUUUUUUCCUCGUCACUAUAUUAUUGUCGAUGAUUAUUAUUAUUGAAUGCUCAUAUAUCGACCGACAAUAUAUUUUGGUUGGCCAACGGCAAAAUAUUGAUUGGCACACGUACACACACACACACACACACACACAUGAACAUUGUCGUCAUCAAUUUUUUUUUCUUCAAAAUUUAUUUACCAAGUCUAAUGUGAAUUUGUGUUCAUUAUAUUAUUCCAAUGAUAAAUUCAUACAGGUUUUUUUCCUUUCCUUUCCAUAAUAGCAAGUAAUCCAUCCAUUCAUUUGUGUGUACCCUGAAUAUAAACCACCACUGUGUGUGUGUGUGUGUGUCCACAAUUAUAUUUCAUUUAUUCGAAUUUUGAUCAAAAAAAAAAUUGAAUUCGAAUUAAGAAAAAAAAAAAAGAAUAAUGGAGAUCGAUAUACUUAAACCUGGUUCUGAAACAAAAAUAUUGACAUUAAAAGAUGUAAAAGCUACGGCAACCAUUAAAGAGAUUAAAUCAUUAAUCUAUCGUGAAAAACGAUCAUUGUAUCCGGAACGUCAAUCACUUCGAUUGGAUUCAAAGGGAAAAUCUUUGGAUGAUAAAGCUACACUUGAUUCAUUAAGUUUGAAUCGUGGCCGUGUUCUUUAUUUAAAAGAUUUGGGACCACAAAUUGGUUGGAAAACAGUAUUUUUGGCUGAAUAUGCUGGACCAUUGGUCUGUUAUAUGAUUCCAUUCUUUCGGCCAUAUUUGAUUUAUGGUCAUAAUGCUGAUUUACCUAUGAGUUAUGUUGUUAAAAUCGCUGCAUUCUGUUGGACAUUGCAUUAUGUUAAACGUUUAUUGGAGACAAUAUUUGUACAUCGAUUCUCUCAUUCAACCAUGCCGAUUAUGAAUUUAUUCAAAAAUUGUUCUUACUAUUGGGGUUUUGCAUUUUUCAUUGGUUAUUACGUCAAUCAUCCAUUGUAUACUGAACCAUCAUUUGGUACAAUUCAAGUGUAUACUGGUUUGAUUUUGUUUCUGCUAAGCGAAUAUGGCAAUUAUUCUAUACAUUGUGCUCUUCGUGAUUUACGACCACCCGGUACAACUGAACGUAAAAUUCCAUUGCCUACAAAGAAUCCGUUCACAUUUCUAUUCAAUUAUGUAUCUUGUCCAAAUUAUGCUUAUGAAUGGUAUGCAUGGGCAUCAUUUUCCAUUAUGACACAAUGUCUUCCGGCCGCAAUGUUUACCGUCGCUGGUUUCUAUCAAAUGGCCAUCUGGGCAUUAGGCAAACAUCGUAAUUAUAAAAAAGAAUUUCCAAACUAUCCACGACGUCGUAAAGCGAUCGUUCCAUUUUUACUUUAGAUUGAUUAAUUGAUUGUGUGUGUUGUAUGCACAAUUUUUUUUAUUGUCAAGAAAAACAAAAACAAAAA